GUUUCUCGUGGCCAAACAUGACUCGCCCCGCGGCCGUCCUGCCAGUGUCACUCUCUUCCCCAGCGGCCGGCUCUAGUGAGCUCUUCAGAUCAGGCUCGCCUUCCCCUCCCGCUCUCCCGCCGCCGCCGCCCUCGUCGACCCCGUGAACUGCGCCGGAGCGGCGAUCCGUCGAACCACCUGGAUCGACCUCUUCUGCCGCUGUAUAGCACAUUAUUUUUGUGGCUGUAAAGUUCUGUAAUUCCGAAGGACCAAGAUGGACGUUAUUAUCAUCAUCUCUCUUGUCAUUCUUUUGGCACUAGGAGCUCUCUUUGUGAUCCCGAAGUCCCAAAACAAAGGUAAAUCAAAGGGAACUGAUUCAGUAGAUGGAAUGACAUCUAAGAGGUAUACAAAGGAAGAGAUCUCUGAACAUAACACAAGGAAGGAUUGUUGGAUCAUCAUCAAAGACAAGGUCUAUGAUGUCACUCCUUAUGUGGAGGAACAUCCUGGCGGAGAUGCCAUUCUAACUAAUGCUGGUGGUGAUUCCACAGAAGGCUUUUUUGGACCACAGCACGGCACUAGAGUCUUCGAUAUUAUCGAGGAUUUCUGUAUCGGACAGUUGAAGGAUUCAUGAAAUUGAGGGUAGAUUGUAUUGAUUUCAUGGAAUUUUCCUGGCAUCAGUUUAUGAGAAGCUAUAUAUAUGGUAGCCAUGUUUUCAGCCUUGUCAAGGUCCAGGUGUGAUAUGUCAGAGUCAAACUGUUCUGCACUCGUGAUCAGGGCUGCCCUCAGCUUUGCGAUGUAACUUCAUUUCUUGUGCUGGAACAAUGUCAGCGUCAUCCGACAAUUGCUUGUUGUGUUUGUACAUUUAAGAUCUUAAACAGGAAUUCUGAAAAAAUUGCAAUUGUUUAGAUUAAUCAGAAACCAAUUCGUAACUGUUUUGGUUAACCAGAUCCCAUUUCUCGUAACUGUUUUAGUUAA